AUGGCGUCGACACUUGCAUCCUUCAAGGUACCGAAGGUGGUCAACGAGCCGAACCACCACUACGCCAAAGGCUCCGCCCAACGCGCCGGCUUGACUGCUGCAAUCGAAAGCCUACGCCAAAAAGUGCCCCUCGAGGUGCCACUUGUCAUCGGCGGGAAAGAGAUCAAAACCCCCACCACUGGCACGCAACUCAACCCCUCGGACCACACCGGCUCCCCCAUCGCCGUCUACAGCAAGGCAUCUUCACAACACGUCCGUGAAGCUAUCGAUGCCGCCCUUUCUGCAAAGACGGACUGGGAAACUCUCCCUUUCGCCGACCGCGCCGCAGUCUUCCUCAAAGCGGCCGACUUAAUCAGCACCAAAUACCGCUACGACCUGAUGGCCGCGACGAUGCUCGGCCAGGGCAAGAACGCAUGGCAAGCCGAGAUCGAUGCCGCGGCAGAGUUGUGCGAUUUCCUGCGGUUCAACGUCCAGUACGCGGAGGAGUUGUACGCCCAGCAGCCGGUUCACCAUUCCCCGGGCGUAUGGAAUCGGGUUGAGUACCGCCCUCUGGAGGGGUUCGUGUACGCGGUGAGCCCGUUCAAUUUCACGGCGAUAGCGGGGAACCUGCCCGGUGUGCCGGCGCUGAUGGGGAAUGUGGUUGUGUGGAAGCCGAGUGAUUAUGCGAUUGCGAGCAAUUGGUUAUUGUAUAACAUCUUGCUGGAGGCCGGGUUGCCGAGGAAUGUGAUUCAGUUCGUUCCCGGUGACCCGGAGGAGGUGACGAGGGAGGUGCUCGCGCACCGGCAGUUUGCGGCGCUGCAUUAUACGGGAAGCACGGCAGUGUUUAGGAAGUUAUUCGGGCAGAUCGGGGAGGGGGUUGCGGAAGGCAGGUAUGCGUCGUAUCCCAGGAUUGUGGGAGAGACAGGAGGGAAGAAUUUCCAUUUGGUGCAUGCGUCAGCCGAUGUGGAAAAUGCGGUCGUGCAUACGGUCAGGGGCGCGUUUGAGUACCAGGGACAGAAGUGCAGCGCGACGUCGAGGUUGUAUGUGCCGAGGUCGAUUUGGCCAAAGUUCAAGGAGAGGUUGGUGCAGGAGACAGAGAAGUUGACAGUCGGAGCGCCCUGGGAGCAUGAGCAUAUGAUGGGGCCGGUGAUCCAUGAGGCGUCAUUCAACAAGCUGGCGGGUGUGAUUGACAAGGCGAAUAAGGACCCCGAGCUGGUACUACUCACCGGCGGAACGUAUGAUGGGUCCAAGGGCUACUUCGUUCGGCCGACGAUCUACCUGGCCAAGCGCCCCGACCAUGAGAUCUUCAAGACGGAGUUCUUUGGGCCGAUCCUCGCCGUGUGGGUGUACGACGACGUAAGCGCCGACCCGGUCGAGGCGUUUAGCCAGGUGUGCGACCUGGUCAACUCGACCAGCGAGUACGGUCUUACUGGCUCAGUUUUUGCAGCAGAUCGGGCGGCGAUCCGGUUUGCGGAGGAGAAGUUGCGCAAUGCGGCGGGCAAUUUCUACAUCAAUUGCAAGAGCACGGGAGCCGUGGUCGGGCAGCAGCCGUUUGGCGGUAGCCGGGCGAGUGGGACGAAUGAUAAGGCGGGCAGUGCGGCGAUCGUGAGCCGGUUUGUGAGCAUGCGGAGUAUCAAGGAGGAGUUUGGCGCUUCGAGGACGGUGGCUUAUCCGAGUAAUGAGGACGGGCUGGACGUGGGAUGGUCACCUGCCUGGCUGAGACACCGCGUGGCCAGCAAGGUUCUCGAUGAGGACCUUGAUGGGCUGGGAGGACAUGAGGGUAUGACGCUGGCAUUGGUUAGCAUAACGGGCCACAUCGCACCAUGUGCCUUCCUCAGAGGAGAGCGCGAGCACGCGACUGCCGAUGCUGUCUCUGUGCCUGUCACUGUGGGCAAACCAGACCUGCUGUGGGCAAGCAAGGUUCUCUGGAAUACUGCUGCUAGUCGUACUGUGCCUUUUAACAAGAUGCCUCGCAAGACUUCUCUUCCCACACCAGCAUCGUCCACAGACAUCAAGGCUCAGGACGGCCCUCUGAUGACAGAGUUCCAGCUCGAGCUGCCACCCCCGGCUGUUCCGUCUGAUAGUCUGAGUUUAAGCCAAAAAAUGACUGGUUUUCCCGCCUUUACCCAACCGAGCGAGACGACCAAGGUACGCCGGCGAUCGUCCGUCGCAAACAGUACCCCCAAGGACCCGUUUGAGCUGCCGCCGCCGCCCACGCGGCAGAGGAAGAUUAUUCAGAUGAAGCCGCGCGAGGGGAAUGCCGCCGAGAAGACGUCCGGGCCGAAGAGUGGAAAGGGUAUUGAGGGCUUAGAAUCAAGCCAGACUGGCACGAAGCGCAAGCAGACAUCGACCAGCGCGGCUAGUAAGAAGAUUUCUAGGAAAACGGCCCACAGCAUCAUUGAGCGCCGGCGUCGGUCUAAGAUGAAUGAGGAGUUUGCCGUCUUGAAGAGUUUGAUACCCGCGUGCAAGGGGGAUAUGCACAAGCUGGCUAUUCUUCAGGUUGGGUUUCUCUUAAGGUGUCCGUGUUGGGUCUAUACUGACAUCUUCCAGGCCGCAAUUGAGUAUGUCAGGUAUCUGGAAGACUGCGUGGCUAAGCUCAAGGCCCAGGUCUCCUCAGCAGAGUCAACGGGGAGCUUGCCAUCGCCAACCUCAGCACAUCCCUCUACCAGCCGUCCAUCAUCAAUAGAUGUCUCCUGUCCAGAGGUAGACAUGGCAGGGGCGGUUUUGUCUACGGCAUCACCGGAGUUCACGCCUAUGCCGGCUCAAGUUCACCAACCAUCCAUUUCCCCAGCACUGGGGCCCCAGGACUUGCACGGCCGCCAUUACUCAUGCUCAUCCAUAUCAUCAGACUACUACGGCUUAUGCUCAACAGCCGCCGGGCCGAGCCCCAAUGAGAGCACGGCAGGAUACACAACGCCAUCUUACACAUCACCUCGCUUUGGCCCUACACAGCCACAACCAUGCUCCACGAAAUCUUCCGGUCCAUACUCGGACAACAGGAGGCUAAGCGCGGUGCUGAUAAGCCCAGCAUUGCUACCACAACUCGACCAGAAAGAGGUGGAUGAGCAGCAGGCGGCCACCGCGGCAUUGUUGAUGCUCAACCGGGAAGACCGGAACAGUAGUAAUGGCGGAGGACAAACAAGAGGAUUGAGUGUCAAGGAUUUGCUGAGUAGUUGA